CGACGAUUUUACGACAGCGAAGACUCCGGCUCUUUGCGCUGCCGGGGGGGCUUCUGCUGGCUGCUUUACGGCCCGGAGAAGCGAUGAGGGCAGCGACCGGAUGGUGCCUUUGCUGCUGAGGUGCAGGCAGGUCAGGAUGAGCACCUGGGAGUCCGGCAAAGCAUUGCGGGUGCCCACGGUCCCCCUUUCUAAUGGCUUAAACAUCCCCAUAUUGGGGCUGGGAACAUCCCAUCAAGGUGGCUAUUCCCACGAGGCGGUGUUAUACGCACUUCAGAAAUGUGGCAUUCGUCACAUCGACACGGCAAAACGAUAUGGCUGUGAGUCGCUGCUGCAGAAGGCUAUCAAAGAGAGUGGAAUAGACCGGGCGGAUCUCUGGAUAACAACCAAAUUAUGGCAUGCUGACUAUGGCUACGAUAAAACGAAACAAGCCUGCUUGGAAUCUUGCAACAGACUUGGAGUGGAAUAUCUAGAUCUUUAUUUAAUACAUUGGCCCGAUGCGCAAGUCCCUGGAAAAAGCAGUCGAGAAGUCAGAGCGGAAACUUGGCAGGCCAUGGAAGAAUUGUAUGAGAAAGGUGUAUGCAAGUCAAUCGGAGUAAGCAACUUUUUAAUUGAACACUUGGAGCAGCUGAGGGAGGACUGUCAGAUAACUCCACAUGUAAAUCAGGUAGAAUAUCAUCCUUUCCAAAGGCCUCAAGAGCUUGUCGAGUAUUGCCAAAGCAGGAAUAUUGUUUUUGAAGGCUACUGUCCACUAGCUAAAGGUGAAGCUCUUAACCAUCCCAAAGUUGUCCAGCUGGCAAAGAAAUAUGGCAAAACUGCUGCACAAAUCUGUAUUCGUUGGAGCAUCCAGAAUGGCAUAGUCACCAUUCCAAAAUCUACAAAACCAGAGAGAGUACAAGAAAACUGUCAGGUCUUUGAUUUUUCACUAGACUUUGAUGAUGCUUGCAAAGAAGAUAUGGAAUUGCUUGACUCCAUGGACAUCAACAGAAAGUUGGUCUAUCUAACCUAUCCAAUAUGGAAGGGAUAACUCAUGGAGUGGUUACAGAAUAGACUGGCUGAGAACACGGUGACUUCUGGAUUCCCCCAAGCUAUUUACUUAAUGCAUUCAAAGCUAAUGCAACUUAAGUAUUUUUUGCACAAACCUAUCUUUCCUAUUAACAAAUUAUUAGGCUACUGUAUGGAGUGUUCCCAUUUCCAAGCUCUCACUAAAAGACUUUUCAGGAAGUUGCAAGUUACUCUUGAGCCUAACUGGAACUGAAUUUUAAAAAGUCAUUGCUAAACUUAACUCAGCUGGAGCUGUUGGUUUCGGCGUGUGUGAGACAAUUGGAGUUUGGAACUGUGUGAAAAUGAAAAUUAAUGUAAUUAAUAAUAUUAAUGUCUGAUUAAUAUUUUGUUCUAUCUACUCUUUUUUUGCAUGGAGUUAACCAAAUGAUUUUGAACCAAAUUACUAUCACCCAAUUGCAGUCCACUUUAUUGCCAAUAAACAUGUUUAAACCAA